AUUAAAAUAAAUUAGAAUUUCAAUUUAUUUUCUUUUAGUUAUUUCUUCAAUUUAUUUUCUAGUAACUAAAUAUUUUUUCCACGUGAAAUCUCUAAACAUCACAUCUGAGAAUCCACAUGCAUUCUCAGAAUCAUCAUUUAUCCUCGUUACUUUAAUUAAAUACUCAUUAUUUUUAAAGAUAUCUAGCAUCUUUGAAAAAGAGAUUUGGAGUAUAGGAUUUUUAUCCAUUAAGGCAAGGAUCAAAUAAGCGUCAAAAACAAACAUUACGUUUUGUAACAUUUAUCGUAGUAUUAUAUUCUAAGCAUAGAAAUAGUUACACAAGUGACAUCUAUGUUAUGACAGUUGUUGAAAAAACAGAUUUAACAUCCGUUUUAACGCUUUUUGACGUGCGAAUCCGGCUUAAAAUUUCUACAGCAUGGCAUUAUAUUCACAUCUAUUCUACAGUAUAUGUAAAGUUAUCACGUAAGCUGUAUUAUAGAAUAUAUAUGUGAACUAAUACGGAAUUAACAUCACCAUAGCAACGAAUCUAUGUUUUGAAACAAGUCUUCGAUUCUUUAUGAAUGAUUCUUAUGAAUGUCAUAAUAAUUAUCUCUUAUCGAGAUUACUUUUGAAUCUUUGAAUAAUAUUUUUCCGGAUUGUUUUUACGGAUUUGUAGUUUUUACGGUAUUGUCAUUUACUCUAUUGUCUAUCAGACAGAUAAAAUAAGAUAUUUAGAUUUAUUUUUGGUAAAAAAGAGUUAACAGGAUUUUUUCUGCUUAUCGAAAAAUAUCAAUAUUAUAUUCAUCAUAAUCAUCAUGAGUGUUUUGUCUAUGGAAGGAAGCAUAAAUAAGAUGCGUCAUGGUUUGCGAAAAGAGGAAGAGAGUCGUAUUUUACAACGUCGUCAAAAUAUAUUAUAUCUUAUAUAUGAUUAUCUGAAUGAAAAUAAUUAUACAGAUACUUGCGAAACAUUAAUCUCCGAAGCUGAACUUGUUUCCGAAAUUCAGGUUUGCGAUAAUAUCGAUUUAGAAAGAAUUAUAAUGGAAUUUGAAAGUUAUUAUCAUAUGAAAUUCAAUAAAUAUCCUAUGUUUUGUAAAAAAAAUACAACAAAUAUAGAUAAAAAAAAAAGUAAGACAAAAGUUACAAUGCCUGCUACCAAACAAUCGCAAAGUGAAUUAAUGAAAGAAAAUAGUAUACAACAAGAAAUAAAUAAUGAGAUAAAUAAUAUUAAUCUUGCAAUGACAGUAAAACCAAUUUUCCCCAACGAGAACAUAGUUAAAGUUUCAUCAGAAGAAUUUGACAUCCCAAAAGAAAAAUUUAUGCAAUCGAAAAUAUGGAAAUGUAUCGAAAAACUAUAUUCAGCAAAUUCGGAAUUGCGAAAAAUCGCCAUCGACAUAUCACAUGAGAUUGUAUUGGAGAAUUUAAAUGUUCAUUGGGAUGAUGUAGUAGGUUUAGAUGACUGUAAAACAGCUAUUAAAGAAGCUAUUGUAUAUCCUCUUAAAUAUCCUGUCUUCUUUGCCGGUCCAUUUUCGCCUUGGAAAGGUAUUCUAUUAUAUGGACCACCUGGCACAGGCAAGACAAUGUUAGUGAAAGCUGUAGCAACAGAGUGCAAAUGCACUUUUUUUAAUAUAACAGCUAGCUCCUUAGUUAGUAAAUGGAGAGGUGAUUCCGAAAAGUACAUACGUGUUUUAUUCGAUCUUGCUUAUAGCCAUUCGCCCACAAUUAUUUUCAUAGAUGAAAUCGAUUGGAUAGCUACAAAUGUACAAAAUAAUUCAUUAUCUGAACCUGCAAAAAGAUUUAGAUCAGAACUUCUUACUAAGUUGGAUGGAUUAGUAUCUACUGAUAAUUCAAACGUACUUCUUCUAGCUGCAACUAAUUCUCCGUGGAAUAUUGAUUCAGCUUUACUUAGACGUCUUGAGAAACGAAUAUAUGUGUCAUUACCCAAUGAAGCUACUCGACUUGGUAUAUUCAAAUUAUAUCUCAGUGAUAACUUGUUAAAGAAUAAAAAUAUUGUAGAUUUUUUAAUGAAUUAUACUAAACAGUAUUCCGGUGCAGACAUAAAAUUGCUUUGUAAACAAGCAUGGAUGUUAGAAGUAACUCCAAUGUGGAAAAAUCUUGAAAAAAAAGAAAUAUUCAUUACAGAUUUGAAAUAUGAAUUAAGGAAUAUUGAAAUAUUAAAAGAAUUGCUUAAAGAAACAGUACCUACAGUAACAAAUACGAAUAUAUAUGAUAACUGGGAUACAAAUAUAAAUAACAAAUAAUCAAAUCUAAUAAAAACCAACCAAUU